AAAAAAAAUUAUAUUGGAAUUUUAAGAAAAAGAAAUAGGGAAAGUCCUUUUCUCUUUUGGGUCUUUGGAAAUUGGCCAUUGGGCAUGUAGGCGUAGGAAAUGAAAUAGAGUGUUAAUUUGGUGAGCAACGCAGGCGGAGUGGGAGUGGGAGUGGGAGUGGGAGACUCCAUUUGUGAAGGCUCAAAUCAAAUCUACACUAGUCAGUUUGGAGAUGAGAGUGUAAACUUCAGUUAGCAGCAGCAGCUUUCUUAUUCAAAUGGCUUUUGUUCUUAGAAAAAUUCAACAGGUUGUAAAAAGUCUUGGAAAAAAUAGAAAAUUUGCUAAGGAUCCAAGGAAAUUGCAAUAUGAGGUAGACAUGAACCGCCUGUUCUUAUAUACCAGUUUCAAUCGUUUGGGAAAGAAUGCUGAAGAGGCAGAUGUAGAUGAGAUCAUAGACAUGGCAAGUAAAUUCUCUUUUCCUGAUCAGGAGAAGCUUGUCCAAGAAACUGUUCAUUCUCAAAUUAAAAGCUUUUGCGAGAAAAUGGAUAAAAUUCUUGUUGACAUGGAUAAGAGAAAUGAGCCAAGUGAAUCACGUCAACGGUCAGAUGUGGCUUCUGGCCGUAGUGGCCUUAGUUUGGCUAUCGGGAGGAACACCUCAUCAAUUAAUCAUCCAGAUGUACCUAAAACUAAGCCAUUAAGACGAGCUGAAGUGUCUCAGAAAAUCAGAGAUCUUUUGGGCUACACACUUGAAAUCAAACCUUCCCAGAUACCUCACAAGGAAGCAGGACAAGGUUUAUUUUUGAAUGGUGAAGCUGAUGUUGGUAAUGUGGUUGCCAUCUACCCUGGUGUAAUCUACUCUCCUGCCUAUUACCGCUACAUUCCUGGGUACCCAAGGGUUGAUGCGAAAAACCCAUAUCUAAUCACAAGAUAUGAUGGGAAUGUGAUCAAUGCUCAACCUUGGGGUUUGGGGGAUGAAACCUGUGAAGUUUGGAAUGCCUUAACCAUUCCAAAAAUCAGCGCCAAUGUGCAAAGUGAUGAGAAAGGUUCGGAUAGGUUGUGGAAACUACUAAGUAAGCCUUUGGAAGGAAAACGAGUGGAUUAUGGUGGUGAUGUUGUAGAUCGGAGAAAUCCAUUAGCUUUUGCUCAUUAUGCCAACCACCCUGCCAAGGGUGUUGCCCCAAACGUUAUGAUUUGCCCUUAUGACUUCCCAUUGACUGAAAAGGACAUGCGGGUUUAUAUUCCCAAUGUUGUUUUUGGAAGUUCAGAAGACACAACAAAUAUGAAGAGGUUUGGCAGCUUUUGGUUCAAAUAUGGGAGUUCAAUAAAUACUGGAUCUGAUGUUCCCUUUCUGAGAACUCUUGUCUUGGUGGCUACGAGAGCUCUUUCCAACGAGGAAGUACUUUUGAACUACAGGUUAAGCAACUUGAAGCGUCGGCCAGAAUGGUACACUCCUGUUGAUGAAGAGGAAGACAAGAGAAGAUGGAGCUAAUUUUUCGGGGUCUGUAAUCUGUUUUACUCUUUGUAGCAUGGCCUUCCUUAGGUACUUCAGACUAGGGAUUACCCGCUUUAACGGCUCAAAAGCUCCCCAAAUAUUGUGGGAGCAGAAUUUUUUUCUGAGGCAGUUUUUACUUGUUUUGCAAUAAUCAUUCUUACAUCUAGAUGUCAAGGCAGUAGCUCGUCUGAUUGUCUAAAUUUUGUUUGUUUGUCAAUAACAAUCCACAUCUUGGAUUCUAGAAUGGUCAAAAAAGAUUUAGAUGGUGUGCGUACCAUUGGAUGUUACAUUACUUCAUACUUGAGUUAUGGAUAAUAGUACUGGGAAAAAACUCCAAUUGCUGGCCCCUCAUGGAUGUUACGACUUGUUUUCAUGAA